GGUCAAUUCUUUAACAAGAAAUGGAGCAAUGAUGCCAGGAAAGUUGUUGAAAUGUUUUGAGAACCUGUUCCUUGUUGUGGCACUGGAUCUUGUGUCAACUCUGGAGGCAAAAUGGAACUUAAAGCUUGUUGUGAAGAAAACUUUAUUGGGUGCAGAUCUUGAGAAUAGCCGGUACACCCAUCCCAUAGACAACCGAGAGUGUCCUGUACUCCUGUUGUCAUUGGUGGUGACUAUAUUACUACCGAGUCAGGAACAGGGCUAGUUCAUACAGCACCUGGCCAUGGUCAGGAAGAUUACAUUACUGGCCUCAAAUAUGGCUUGCCAAUACUUUCACCGGUAGAUGAUGAUGGAAAAUUUACUGAAGAAGCAGGACCAUUCAGCGGCCUUGACGUGCUUGGGAAUGGGAACACUGCUGUGAUUCAAUACUUGGACGAACAUCACUCAAUGAUCCUGAUGGAGCCGUAUAAACACAAGUAUCCAUAUGACUGGAGAGAUAAGAAGCCUACAAUAAUCCGGGAAACUGAGCAAUGGUUUGCCUCUGUGGAAGGAUUUCGAGAAGCUGCAAUAGAUGCAGUCAAGGGAGUUAAUUGGGUACCGCCACAGGCGGUGAAUCGUAUUUCUGCAAUGAUUUCUAGCCGCUAUGAUUGGUGUAUAACCCGGAAAAGGACAUGGGGUGUUCCCAUUCCUGUAUUUUAUCACCUGGCAUCGAAGAAGCCACUUCUAAAAGAAGAAACAAUCAACCACAUUAGAUCGAUCAUUUCUCAAAAGGGUAGCGAUGCAUGGUGGCAUAUGACGGUCGAGGAUUUACUUCCUGAUAACUAUCAUGACAAAGCAUCAGAAUACAAG